CUUUUCAUAUGUUGGUUGGCCCUUUAUAGUUCUUUGAAUCCUCUAUUUAUAGAUUGCUCAUAUUUUGUACCUGAUUGAAAGGAGCUUCAAAAACCAUGGACAGUAAACCGUUGUCUGUUGGUGAAUGUUUUUUUUCUUGUCUUCUGUCAUUUGAUUUUAAAACUGUUGAGGGAGCAUCUUUAAAACAAUGAAUGCUGUCAAAUAUGUCAGUUUCCUUUAUGCAUUCUGAAUUUUAUGUCCUGCACAGGCUUUCACAUUCUUGGAAAUAAAGUAUUUUUGGAGCCCAACGGUCUUGCCAUUUAUUCAGUGAUUCAACUAAUAUUAGAGGAUCUACUUAAUGUGUUCUGUUCCUGCCGACUACAGUAGCCUUUCCUCCCCCACUUAAUUUCCUUUUGAGUUCCAGUAUGUCACUGGCAUUCAUUCAUCGUGGUGGCUUUUUAAAAACUGAAUAUCCCCCUGUUGGAAAGCUGAAAGUUCUGGUCCGGCUCAGCAUUUGACCAACCUCUUCCAGGAGCCCCAUGGUUUCCAUGGCGGCUUUAUAACCCUUUCAUAGCUCCUUGAGAAGACUGGGUGCUUUAUCGUGAUCUCUGGGCCAGAACCAUGGGCUUCAAACACAUCUGCCUUACUGAGGUCACAACCAUGACCGGAAGCAGGAGCUCUUCGCUUUGUUCUCCCUUCCCCAUUAAACUGGGUCAACCUUGGGCUUGCCACUGAUUUUUUUUUUUUUCCUCUUUUGCUCAUUCUCCAAUGUGAGACCCAGUGGUCUCUUCUCAAGCCUCUCCCAUCAUUGGUGGUUGGCUUGAUGAUUCUUCAGAAUUUCAGCUUAGGGCUGUGUCUGCUACUCUGGUUUUCUCACUGACCAUUUAUUUCUGCUACUAAUCUUCUCUUCCCAUCUUUUGAGCCUCUUAUUUGAAAUCCCUUCAAGGCAGGCAGUUAUUCAUUUGGAAUCUUCUCUUUGUUUCUGCAGGCCCUUAGAUGUGUCUGCCUCAUUUCCUGGACUCUGUCUUUGCAGCUGAAAUUAGAAACCUGCAGAAGCAUAACAGAUGCUAGAGUCUCAUGAAGUAACGGGCUCAAAAUAGCUCAAGUCUACUGGCAGAAGAUUUGGCUAUGAUUCAGUGAGUGCCCACAAUGGGGCUGCCCUGACUUAGGUCUCUUGUUUCCCAGGCUUUUGAGGAUGGCUUGAGCACAUCAUCCCCUUGGCCCAACCUUUGCCUUUUCUUGUCUGAUUUCCCCCUUUUUUCCUUUUAGUAUAUUUGAAGUUUUGGGAGACUUUUAGGUACAAACCUGUAUGUAAGUGGAGUUUAAAUCUACAGAAGCUGCAAGCAGACACUGAACAGAAGCCCAGGGGCUACUGAGUGGUGUGUAACAGGGUGUGGCUGUAUGUCAGGUGGCUCUGGUCAUGUGGCUCAUUUGAUAAACAAAUGACUGCCUGUGGAUCCCAAGAGCCUCCUUUACCAGGAAAGCAGCAACUUGGACCAAUGGAAAGCAGAAUAGUAGCUAGAUUUGGGUUGCAGUUUGGGGCUACCAGUUACUUUCUGUGUAGGUGCAUCCUUUAACUUGUCUGAGUAUACCUACACCAUGGGAUGGCUGUGAGGAUUCAGGGAUGAGAUUAGUGUACAUUGAAUACUGUUAAAGUGCUGUCUCUAAAUGGUAAUAACCACUUCAGUAUUUGUGGAUGUUGAAUUUGAGAAUACAAGGACAGGCGUGUCAAUAAGUUGAGUGAGUAUAUUUGUAAAUGCCCUAGGAGACUUUGCAGAUGGAGUCCUAAAGAACUACCUCCUGGUGUAGGUGGGGAAUGCACAACAUUUAUAUCCCCGAGUGCUCACUGAUAAAGCUGCUGUGAGAGGGACUGCCAGACAUUUGGCAACUCCUUUAUAAACCUCUGGGACAUUUGAAUGAUACUAGAGGACUCUGUCCGGUUUCCUUUGACCAGUGACACGUGGUUGCAGUGCAUCCAUAUGCGCUGGUGGGGCUGUUCCUCUUCAGGUCUUCAGGUAGGGCCCCCUCUUACGAGAAUUCCCUUAUGCUGGUGGCACAGGGCUACCCAGGCACACAUCUUCUGAUACGUGAUUUGACAUGCAUGUCUUCAUAGAAACAGGUUUACUCUAUUUGGGGUUUAUAGGUUGUGUGGGCUGUCCUGGGGAACCUAUCGUUUCUAGGAUUGUUUCUAUGGAAAAAGUCAAUUCUGACUUCCACAUUUAGAACUUAGAACAUAGCUUAUUUGCAUGUUGAUAAAACCCUUACUUAGGCUGUAGAAGAAUUGGGAACCAUGUUACAGGAGAAGUGGUGAUACAAUCUGGUUCUUAAUGGAUCCAAGAGGUGGUAACUCCCCUGUAUUGUAUUAUAACACAUGCCAGUACACGAGGGUCUGGAUCCCUGACCCUGAUGAAGUGUGGCGCUCAGCUGAGUUAACCAAGGACUACAAGGAGGGAGACACGAGCCUCCAGCUCAGACUGGAAGAUGAAACGAUUCGGGAAUACCCUAUUGAUGUCCAAAGCAACCAGCUGCCCUUUUUGCGGAAUCCAGACAUCUUGGUGGGAGAAAAUGACCUAACUGCCCUUAGCUAUCUACAUGAGCCUGCAGUUUUGCAUAAUUUAAAGGUCCGUUUCCUGGAGUCGAACCACAUCUACACUUACUGUGGUAUCGUGCUUGUUGCCAUUAAUCCUUAUGAACAGUUGCCAAUCUAUGGUCAAGAUGUCAUCUAUGCCUACAGUGGCCAAAACAUGGGGGACAUGGACCCCCACAUCUUUGCUGUGGCAGAAGAAGCCUACAAGCAGAUGGCCAGAGAUGAGAAGAACCAGUCCAUCAUAGUGAGCGGGGAGUCUGGAGCCGGCAAGACUGUGUCAGCCAAGUACGCCAUGCGCUAUUUUGCCACGGUUGGUGGCUCAGCCAGUGACACCAACAUUGAAGAGAAGGUCCUGGCAUCCAGUCCCAUCAUGGAGGCCAUUGGAAAUGCUAAAACCACUCGCAAUGACAACAGCAGCCGUUUUGGGAAGUACAUUCAGAUUGGCUUUGAUAAAAGGUACCACAUCAUUGGGGCCAACAUGAGGACCUACCUGUUGGAGAAGUCCAGAGUGGUCUUUCAGGCAGAUGACGAGCGGAAUUACCACAUCUUUUACCAGCUCUGUGCUGCUGCCAGUCUCCCGGAAUUUAAGGAGCUUGCACUGACAUGCGCGGAGGACUUCUUCUAUACCUCACAGGGAAGAGACACGUGUAUCGAGGGUGUCGAUGAUGCCGAGGACUUUGAGAAGACGCGGCAAGCCUUCACACUCCUCGGAGUGAGAGAGUCCCAUCAGAUAAGCAUUUUUAAGAUAAUUGCUUCUAUCCUGCACCUUGGAAAUGUGGAGAUUCAGGCUGAGCGUGAUGGUGAUUCCUGUAGUAUAUCACCUCAGGAUGAACACUUGAACAGCUUCUGCCGACUGCUAGGGGUGGAGCACAGUCAGAUGGAGCACUGGCUAUGCCAUCGAAAGCUGGUCACCACCUCAGAGACCUACGUCAAGACUAUGUCCCUGCAGCAGGUGGUCAAUGCCCGCAACGCCCUAGCCAAGCACAUCUAUGCCCAGCUGUUCGGCUGGAUUGUGGAGCACAUCAACAAGGCCCUGCACACGCCUCUCAAGCAACACUCCUUCAUUGGCGUCCUGGACAUCUAUGGGUUUGAGACAUUUGAGGUGAACAGCUUUGAGCAGUUCUGUAUCAACUAUGCGAAUGAGAAGCUACAGCAGCAGUUCAACUCGCACGUGUUCAAACUAGAGCAAGAAGAAUAUAUGAAGGAGCAGAUACCUUGGACCUUGAUUGAUUUUUACGAUAACCAACCUUGUAUUGACCUCAUAGAAGCUAAACUGGGCAUCUUGGACCUGUUGGAUGAAGAGUGUAAGGUCCCUAAAGGAACUGACCAGAACUGGGCACAGAAGCUCUAUGACCGGCACUCUGGCAGCCAGCACUUCCAGAAACCCCGCAUGUCCAACACGGCCUUCAUUGUGAUCCACUUUGCUGAUAAGGUGGAGUACCUUUCAGAUGGUUUUCUGGAGAAAAACAGAGACACGGUGUAUGAAGAGCAGAUCAACAUCCUGAAGGCCAGCAAGUUCCCACUAGUGGCUGAUUUGUUUCAUGAUGACAAAGACUCUGUUCCUGCCACCACUGCACCUGGGAAGGGCUCAUCCUCAAAGAUCAACAUUCGCUCUGCCAGACCCCCUCUGAAAGUCUCCAACAAGGAACACAAGAAAACCGUGGGCCACCAGUUCCGUACCUCCCUGCAUCUGCUCAUGGAGACCCUGAAUGCCACGACCCCACACUACGUGCGCUGCAUCAAGCCAAAUGACGAGAAGCUCCCCUUCCACUUUGACCCAAAGAGAGCAGUGCAGCAGCUCAGAGCAUGUGGGGUGUUGGAGACAAUCCGAAUCAGUGCAGCCGGCUACCCAUCCAGGUGGGCCUACCACGACUUCUUCAACCGGUAUCGGGUGCUGGUCAAGAAGAGAGAGCUCGCCAACACAGACAAAAAGGCCAUCUGCAGAUCUGUCCUGGAAAGCCUCAUCAAGGAUCCCGACAAGUUCCAGUUUGGCCGCACCAAGAUCUUUUUCCGGGCAGGCCAGGUGGCUUACCUGGAGAAGCUUCGGGCUGACAAGUUCCGGGCAGCCACGAUCAUGAUCCAGAAAACCGUCCGGGGCUGGCUGCAGAAGGUGAAAUACCGCAGGCUGAAGGCCACUACCUUAACUCUGCAGCGGUAUUGCCGAGGGCUCCUGGCCCGCAGGCUGGCCGAGCAUCUGCGGAGGACGCGAGCAGCCAUCAUGCUCCAGAAGCAGUACCGCAUGCGGAGGGCCCGCCUGGCCUACCAGAGGGUCCACAGGGCCACCGUCACCAUCCAGGCCUUCACUCGGGGCAUGUUCGUGCGGAGAAUCUACCAGCAGGUCCUCAUGGAGCACAAGGCCACCAUCCUCCAGAAGCAUGUGCGGGGCUGGGUGGCACGUAGGCGCUUUCAGCGGCUGCGGGGCGCGGCCAUCGUCAUCCAGUGUGCCUUCCGCAUGCUUAAGGCCAAGCAGGAGCUGAAGGCCCUCAAGAUUGAGGCCCGCUCAGCAGAGCACCUGAAACGUCUCAACGUGGGCAUGGAGAACAAGGUGGUCCAGCUGCAGCGGAAGAUUGAUGACCAGAACAAAGAGUUCAAGACUCUGUCGGAGCAGUUGUCGGCGGUCACCUCCACACACACCAUGGAGGUAGAGAAGUUGAAGAAGGAGCUGGCCCGCUACCAGCAGAGCCAAGGUGAGGACGGCAGCCUGAAGCUGCAGGAGGAGGUGGAGAGCCUGCGGGCGGAGCUGCAGAGGGCCCACUCGGAGCGCAAGAUCCUGGAGGACGCCCACACCAAGGAGAAGGAUGAGCUGAGAAAGCGCGUUGUAGACCUGGAGGAAGAAAAUGCUCUCUUAAAAGAUGAGAAAGAACAGCUUAACAACCAAAUCCUGUGCCAAGCGAAAGAUGAAUCUGCCCAAAACUCUGCCAAGGAAAAUCUGAUGAAGAGGGAGCUGGAGGAGGAGCGCUCCCGGUACCAGAACCUCGUGAAGGAAUAUUCACGGUUGGAGCAGAGAUACGACAACCUUCGGGAUGAGAUGACCAUCAUCAAGCAAACUCCAGGGCACAGGCGGAACCCAUCGAACCAGAGCAGUUUAGAAUCUGACUCUAAUUACCCCUCCAUCUCCACAUCUGAGGUCGGAGACACAGAGGAUGCCCUCCAACAGGUGGAGGACAUCGGCCUGGAAAAGGCAGCCAUGGACAUGACCGUCUUCCUGAAACUGCAGAAGAGAGUGCGCGAGCUGGAGCAGGAGAGGAAGAAACUUCAGGUGCAGCUGGAGAAGAGGGAGCAGCAGGACAGCCGGAAGGUCCAGGUGGAACAAGCAAAGAAUGACCUGGAUUUGGACCAGGAUGCAGAUCUAGCCUACAACAGUCUGAAGAGGCAAGAGCUAGAGUCGGAGAACAAGAAGCUGAAGAACGACCUGAACGAGCUGAGGAAAGCCGUGGCUGACCAAGCCACACAGAACAACUCCAGCCACAGCUCCCCCGACAGCUACAGCCUGCUGCUGAACCAGCUCAAGCUGGCCAACGAGGAGCUUGAGGUUCGCAAGGAGGAGGUGCUCAUCCUGAGGACGCAGAUUGUCAGCGCCGACCAGCGCCGACUCGCCGGCAAGAGCACGGAGCCGAACAUUAAUGCCAGAACAAGUUGGCCUAACAGUGAGAAGCAUGUAGAUCAGGAAGAUGCCAUCGAGGCCUAUCAUGGGGUCUGCCAGACAAACAGCAAGACUGAGGAUUGGGGAUAUUUGAAUGAAGAUGGAGAGCUCGGCUUGGCCUACCAAGGCCUAAAGCAAGUUGCCAGGUUGCUGGAGGCCCAGCUGCAGGCCCAGAGCCGCGAGCAUGAGGAGGAGGUGGAGGGGCUCCGGGCCCAGGUGGAAGCCCUGAAGGAGGAACUGGACAAGCAGCAGCAGACCUUCUGCCAGACGCUGCUGCUCUCCCCAGAGGCCCAGGUGGAAUUUGGCGUCCAGCAGGAGAUAUCCCGGCUCACCAAUGAGAACCUGGACCUUAAAGAACUGGUAGAAAAGCUGGAAAAGAAUGAGAGGAAGCUCAAGAAGCAGCUGAAGAUUUACAUGAAGAAAGUCCAGGACCUAGAAGCUGCCCAGGCGCUGGCCCAGAGUGAGAGGAGACGCCAUGAACUCAACAGGCAGGUCACUGUGCAGCGGAAGGAGAAGGACUUCCAGGGCAUGCUGGAGUACCACAAGGAAGAUGAGGCCCUUCUCAUUCGGAACCUGGUGACAGACCUGAAGCCGCAGGCGCUGGCGGGUACUGUGCCCUGUCUUCCUGCCUACAUUCUCUACAUGUGCAUCAGGCACGCAGAUUACGUGAACGACGACCUCAAGGUGCACUCCUUGCUGACCUCCACCAUCAACGGCAUUAAGAAAGUCCUGAAGAAGCACAAUGAUGACUUCGAGAUGACAUCAUUCUGGUUAUCCAAUACCUGCCGCCUCCUUCAUUGUUUGAAGCAGUAUAGCGGGGAUGAGGGCUUCAUGACUCAGAAUACUGCCAAGCAGAAUGAGCACUGUCUUAAGAACUUUGACCUCACUGAAUACCGCCAGGUGCUGAGUGACCUUUCCAUUCAAAUCUACCAGCAACUCAUUAAAAUCGCCGAGGGUGUGUUGCAGCCUAUGAUAGUUUCUGCCAUGUUGGAAAAUGAGAGCAUUCAGGGUCUAUCUGGUGUGAAGCCAACAGGCUACCGCAAGCGCUCCUCCAGCAUGGUGGACGGGGACAACUCCUACUGCCUGGAAGCCGUCAUCCGCCAGAUGAAUUCCUUUCACACAGUCAUGUGUGACCAGGGCCUGGACCCGGAGAUCAUCCUGCAGGUGUUCAAGCAGCUCUUCUACAUGAUCAACGCUGUGACUCUCAACAACCUGCUCCUGCGGAAGGACGUCUGCUCUUGGAGCACAGGCAUGCAGCUCAGGUACAAUAUAAGUCAACUUGAAGAGUGGCUUCGGGGAAGAAACCUUCACCAGAGCGGAGCAGUCCAGACCAUGGAACCUCUGAUCCAAGCAGCCCAGCUCCUACAGUUAAAGAAGAAAACCCCUGAGGACGCAGAGGCCAUCUGCUCGCUGUGCACCUCCCUCAGCACCCAGCAGAUUGUCAAAAUUUUAAACCUUUAUACUCCCCUGAAUGAAUUUGAAGAACGGGUAACUGUGGCCUUUAUACGAACAAUCCAGGCACAACUGCAAGAGCGGAAUGACCCUCAGCAACUGCUGUUAGACUUCAAGCACAUGUUUCCAGUGUUGUUUCCAUUUAACCCAUCCUCUCUGACCAUGGACUCCAUCCACAUCCCAGCAUAUCUCAAUCUGGAGUUCCUCAAUGAGGUCUGACAAGACACCUUCCCACCUUUGGCUCCAUUUCCAAUGAGAGCAAGAAGGAAAUCCAUACUGUAAAGUAAAUUCAAGGAUCUAUUAAAUCUUUAAAAGUGGAUCACAUCAGAGACUGAGAACCUGCACAGAGUGCUGAACUAUAUGAAAUAAGACACAUCUGUCAUUAUUUUUUGUACCUACUACUCAGAAUAAAACACUUGAAAUAUGGA